AUUCUGAAGCCAGCAGAUAAGAAACUGUAUCCUUACGGUGGAGGGGGAGGGGUGGGCUUAGGAAGACCGGUCACCCCUCCCAGAAAUUCAGCUAAAGCCGCCAAGGCCAAGAAAUAACACCUGCUGAGUCCCCUCCCUACGACCUGCCGCCUCUGUCGGUCCAACUUUUCUUCUUCUUCUCUUCUUUUUUUGUUUCUCUCAUGAGUUGCAACAACGUUCAGCCGUGUAACCUUUUUUAAACAAAGUUUAAAUGUUUAUUUGACUGUCUGUGUUUAUUUUUGUUUGUUUAUUUUGAACGUACGUGUGGAAAAUGAGACUGACACCAGGAGUUUUCUGUAUGUUUUAUUUUCUUCCUGUCGUUGUUGUUUUUGUUUGUUGUUUAUUCAUCAUGUAAAUCACAGCUGGCUGCAGGACGGGGUGGGGGGGAGAAAAGAACCUGGGCUGGUUCUGUUCCUGAGCGUUUUGUAAAUCCACGGGUCAGACAGGUGGGUCAGGUGGGGGCUGGAGGCGGAGCUGUCCAGUUAAACGGCACAUAACCACACACUGGGUGCACAGGUGGAAACGUGCACGUUAAUCCUUGGAUUACACAGAUUCACUAUAAAAACUUUAAUUUUUUUUUCUCUUUUCGAUCUGAAAAGCACUUCUUUAAGAUUAUAGUCAUGGAUGUUAUAUAGAGUUGCUCUUUUCUGUUUUUUUUGUAGAUAACCUUUUUGUUUCUUGCUUUUAUUUUUAGUUCACUUGAAGCUGAAGACGAAUAAAAAAAUCUUUUAUUUGAAAAACGUCAUCAUGAUUAUCACUUUGUCAUAUUUAGUGGCUAAUUUUUCUCUUGUGUUUGACGUUCAGCUUGAUUUAAUAACAUGUAAAUACUGAUCGGUGUCGUUCUGACCCAGAUUAUACGCAGAAUUAAUGAUUUUUACGUUUUCCUUUCAGUCGCAUUAAAACGUGAAAAUUGUUUAAGAGAAAUUAAGAGAAGUUGCUUUUUUUGAGCCUAAAUAGCAUUUUAAAGUUUAUCUAUCAGCUAAUAACCUACAAAUAAAUCAGUGUAAGGUUUGUCAUUAUACUCUAGAUAUUUUUGUAAAUAUUCAGCUGUGAUAUAAAAGCAAUAAUCAAAUGAAGUUGAGUUUUUAAACAUUCUGAAUCACUUUAUUUGAAUUGAAAACUAAAACAGAACUGGUAACAAGGAGCUCAUGAGGAAGGACAAGUUUUAUUUUGAAGUAGUUGCAGCAGUCCUUUAAAGCUUUUAAAUGUUUGCAAAUCAUAGUUCUGAUUUCAUGAAUGUAUUUAAGAUAAAGACCGAUUUUUAUUCACUUUAAAUUUAGGUUUCAGCAUCAAAUCACGUCGUGCAGAUCUGUAAAAGUUUGGACUGAAAUCCUGAUUAUUUGAGACGUUUUCUGAUUUAUUAUUUUAAUUUUUCACAUAUUUCCUGUGGGGCCGAGAUAAAACUUUAAACUGUUAAAAAACCCAUGUUUUAAAUUAAACUGUGACCCCUCAAACACAGUUGUCUCAAUAAAUAUGUUUUUAAAAAGUCCUGGGUUUAUCCUCAGGUUUAAUCGAACAUUUUCAGUCUCUUCGGCUGUUUUUGUAGCUAAACAAAUUGGCAGCUGGUGACAAAAUUUGCUUUUAAUUUUUAAUUUAAGGAUCAGUUUGGUUUAUAAUUUUUUAAUAACAUUGCGGUGAGUACCUUUAACAUCCUGAAAUGUCCACUUUAAUGUUUUUAUUUUAUUUCUGUGGAUGUUCAGCUCAGAUUCUGCAGUGUUUCAGGGUCAUUUUCUAUUUUACGUCUCCUUU